AUGUCCAAAAUACUUGCUGGUCAAGUCGUUGUAGUCAGCGGCAGCUUCAGGUCAUAUAACCACGAAGCGAUCAAAUACAUCGUUGAACAGCUAGGCGGAAGCUUCAGCGCAACAGUGACCGAUGCGUGUACACAUCUCAUCACUUCCAAGGCUGCCCAUCCGGCCGGCACAAAGAACCAGCAGGCUAUUGCGCUAGGGAACGAUAUUAAGAUCGUCUCUCUCGAUUGGUUGACUGAGUCGCGUGAUAAGCAGCAGCAUGUAGACGAGGCGCCGUAUUCGCUUGCUUUGCCGACUCCGGGGAAGCCCUCGGUGGACGGUACCGGUCCUCGAAGAUCGGGCAGGACUACUCAGUCCCAGUCCCAGUCUCAGUCCCAGUCCCAGCCUCAGCCUCAAUCGCAGCCCCAAUCGCAGGCUCAGUCUCAACCCAAGUCACAACCUGCAAAGGCCAAUGGAAAGACCAAGAAGGCGCCUAAGAAUAAGAAAGAUGAUGAAGAUGAAGAUGAUAGCGCUGAUCAGCCGCCUGCGAAGAAGCAGAAAGCUGACCCUGCAGAUACCAAGCCUAAGGCGAAAGCAAAAGCUACCAAAGACGCCAAAGAUACAAAGGAUGCAAAAGAUAAGAAGGAUACCAAGGAUACGAAAGCUACCAAAGCUACCAAGGCCACCAAGGCCACCAAAGCUGAUGAUAAGCCUACUCUGAAUGUUCCAGUCGACGAUCUUGUUCCAAACAAAGAUUCGUACAGUGUAUGGCAGGAAGGAAGUGUUGUCUUUGACGCUGCACUGAACAGAACUGAUUCAGGCGCCAACAAUAACAAAUUUUACAUCAUCCAGCUUCUCGAAGGACCAACAUCCGGAGAGUUCUCUACAUGGACCCGAUGGGGUAGAGUCGGAGAGAAUGGGCAGACUGCUCACUUGAAAGCUUCGAGCUUCGACCAGGCUAUGGGCAUUUAUGAGAAGAAGUUCAAAGACAAGAGUGGUCUCAGCUGGGCCAAGAGAAAUGAUCCCCCCAGAAACGGCAAAUACGCUUACCUAGAACGAUCAUAUGAAGAUGAAUCGGACAAGAAGCCGAAAAAGGACAAGGCCAAAGAUGACAAGCCAAAGAAGGAAAUCAAGAGGGCAGAGUGUACUUUGGUAAAGCCCGUACGGGACCUCGUUGCAUUGAUCUUCAAUCAGUCUCUCCUAAACGCCGCUAUGGAGGACAUGUCAUACGACGCAAAGAAGCUGCCGCUGGGAAACCUUAGCAAGAAGACUCUUCUUCAAGGUUUUGAGAUCCUAAAACAGUUGGAUGCAUUAGUGCAUGAUCCCACAAAAGCAGCACAGUCUCCUCUCGGAAUCAACACCCUCAGUGACCAAUAUUUCACUAUUAUUCCUCACGCUUUCGGCAGGAAUCGACCACCAGUGCUGAGAUCACCACAGCAGAUCAAGAAGGAAGUCGAGUUACUAGAAGCUUUGACUGAUAUGGAAAUCAGUAGCAAGAUUAUGAGUGCUUCUGAAGAAGAGGACGACAACCCCGUUCAUAUUCUUGACAGACAGUUCGCGGGUCUUAAUCUUAAUGAAAUGACUCCUCUUGCCCAUAACUCUACCGAGUUCACUGAGUUGGAGACUUAUCUUAUUCAAUCUCGUGGCGCUACACACAGAGUUAAAUACAAUCUCCGCAACAUUUUCCGAAUUGAACGUCAGGGAGAAAAUGAACGCUAUGAAAAGUCCGCUUACGCCAACAUACCAAACAGCUGCCGUCGUCUGCUCUGGCACGGUUCCCGUACCACCAACUACGGUGGUAUCCUCAGCCAGGGUCUCCGAAUUGCUCCACCUGAAGCUCCUGUUACCGGAUACAUGUUCGGAAAGGGUGUCUACUUCGCUGAUGUGUCGAGCAAAUCAGCCAACUACUGUUACCAUAACCUCAGCAACAAUACUGGUUUACUUAUGCUCUGCGACGUUGAAGUUGGUAACCCUAUGCUUGAACUGGCUAAUUCCGACUACAAUGCUGGCGAUUUAGCCCAGAAGUCCAAUAAGCUGGCUACUUUGGGUCUUGGACAAGCCAUCCCUAGCGGGUGGAAAGACGCCGGUUGUGUUCACAAGGACCUCGCUGGUGUCUUGAUGCCGGACUGCUCUAACCCGCUGGGCAGGAAUAACGAUAAUGGUGUAUGGCUUCAGUACAACGAGUAUAUCGUGUACGACGUGGCACAGAUACGCAUCAAGUAUCUGCUUGAAGUUGGAAUGUGA